CCUGUGUUCACAUGGCAUCCCCAGGCCGAAAGCUCAAUGUGUGGCUGUGAACUUUACUUUUCUCAGCUGUUCUGAACUCAUCUUUGACUUUCCGCAGCUGUCCUCAGCGCAGUGUUGUGUGGCAGUUAGUUCCGAACUCAACUUGGGACCCAUGUGCCAAGAAGUACCAACUGGUCGGUUGAUGCCCCCCAAGGGAAGCAUGGACAAUUGCGGUUCUAUGCCACCAGUGUGGUUAUUCCUCAGAAUGCCAGUGCAGCUUCGGGCCUUCUGGUGCUGGACUUGUUAUUGCUGUGUCAUAGGCCUGUGCUGGCUUGUUUUCUUUAACCUGGCAGAACAGACCUCUGUCAGAACAAACGCAUGUGGCUAUGAAUGCAGUUUCCGUUUUUGAGAAGACGCAUGUAGCUUCUGUAGCGACAAUGCCCAGCUAAAACAAGCUUGGACGAGUGCCGAGAGAUUUUCUCCCAUGUCCCCUCGCUUGAAAGAAAAGCGCCCAUGCCUACAUCGGGCCGUGAAGAAAAAACCGGCGAAAGCAAUGGAUUUGAGGAGACCCAAAGACACAAAGCGCAUGUCUUCAGGAUGCCUCACAAAACUGCACGAGACCUACAAAGGUCUUGAGGACAUCCACCUCCCACUCUUCAAAGAGGUUCAGAAGAUUGCAAAAGCUAAGUGUGUCUUGUAUCCUGGGAGUCAUUGGCACUUGCAAGCAUCCUUAGUUUUUCCCAAUGUGACGUAUAUUGAUUACAACAAGGCAGUCGCACCAUUCUUCCAAGAUGCAGCUGUGCAAAAUUGGAUUUCAGAGAAUAAGAACUAUGGAGGUUCUGCAAAAAUGCAAUUUUACCACACAGAUUUUGACCACCUUAAACUCUCUGGUGGCUACGACCUGCUUAUCUCUAUGAGCGCAGGCAUUGUCUCCAAGCCUUGUGCUCGCUUUCUGCGCAUUGGUGGCCAUUUCUUGGUGUCAGAUGCUCACUUUGAUGCUCGUACCGUGGCGUUGGACAAGCGCUUCAGUCUUGUUGGAGUCUACGACAUGACAAGGGAGAAGUUGGUCACCUCCAAAGAUCAACUGAACCUUUGCUUUAUGACCACGACAGGGCAAAAGAUCUCCGCCGAGCAAGUAGAGAUCAGCAAAAAGAAGCCCAAGGGAAGCAGAGGUUUCAAGCUGAAGCGCGAAGAUUGGUUUUAUCUGUUCAGGCGCAUUAGCUGAAUGAAUGGCCCAAUAGCAGUACUCUUCACCAAGAGUUGACAUUUUAUAGCUCGUACAGGGAGCGGCCGCUCUGGAAAAAUGGAGUCCGUGGACGUUUGCCAUGCCCAUGUGGGCCAUACACAUCUCUCACAAUUCGCCCGCGUUCGUCGGUUCGGUGCGUAGCCGAGGAUGGCAAACAAAG